AAACGCUCUCAUCCGAAGCUUCUUCGACUUUAACCCUCCACCACCGCUGCUCCACGCGCCUCUCGAAGCCUCUCCGUUUCGAAACCCUCCGCCUCCGCAUCUAUUUAUAUUUCGCUCUCCCCCCCUCCCCCUCUCUCUUCGUCACCGAUUAGGGUUUCGUGGCGAUGCGUCGGCGCCGCCUCUCCGACGACCCCCGUCCCACUCGCUCUCGCCGCGCCGCCGCCGAGCGGAGGAGGCCGCGCCGCCACUCGUUAUGACAUGGCCGCCUCCGCCGGGUCUCAGCACCGCUGCGUCUUCGUUGGGAACAUACCGUAUGAUGCGACGGAGGAGCAAUUAAUUCAGAUUUGCGAGGAGGUUGGGCCCGUUGUGUCGUUCAGAUUGGUGGUUGAUAGAGAAACAGGAAAGCCAAAAGGUUACGGAUUUUGUGAAUACAAGGACGAAGAAACUGCUCUAAGUGCACGCCGGAAUCUUCAGGGCUAUGAGAUAAAUGGCCGUCAAUUACGUGUUGAUUUUGCCGAAAAUGACAAAAAUGCUGAUAGGAACAGAGAACAGGGCCGUGGUGGACCAGGGAUGGCACCAAACAUUGAUGCUCAGAAACAAUUUGGUGGGCCUUCUAUUUUAGGUGACUCGGCUCUGCAUCAACCAAUAGGUCUUCCUUUAGCUGGAAAUGCUGCUUCUCUCAUGGCUGGAGCUCUUGGAGGAGCUCAAACUACAAGCUUGCAAAAUGGUUUGCCAGUUCAGCCAGGAUUAGGCAAUGAUCCCCUUACUCAUUAUUUGUCUAGGAUGUCUAGGCACCAAUUAAAUGAAAUUAUGUCUGAGAUGAAGACUUUGGCUACUCAAAAUAAGCCACUAGCAAGACAACUGCUGCAAGGGAGCUCUCAAUUGCCAAAGGCUCUAUUUCAGGCACAAAUUAUGCUUGGUAUGGUGACUCCACAAAUGAUGCAGAUGGCGAAAGGUCAGAGCUCCUCACACCCUGCAUUGCCACUUGGUCAAACACUACCACUUCAACAUAUUCCUCAGCAACCGCCAAUACCGAGCAAAUCCGGUCCACCCAAUUUCCCACCAGCUCAACCUCAGUCUCUUGCUAGCCUUUCUGUCCAGCCAACACCAACUUUAUCAUUAUCAAGAGACCCUAUGCCACAAAUUCUCCCCCCUGUGCUUCAGCAAAAUCGGGAAACAUUGGUAUCUGCAAAUUUGGUACCUCAACCUCAGUUCAACCUUCCAACUGCAAGUGUCCAGCAUUCACAUCUGCCCCGCCGUCUUCUAUCUCAGACUGGCCCAUUAAAUGGCCCGAUGCUUUCCGGUAGAUUAGAGACACUUCCAAAGGAAAUGAGAACACCUGCUCCUAUGGGUUCUGAUCCUACUUGGGCCUCCAGAAUCAAUACACAAACUUCAGAUGCGAGGUUAGCAGACCAAGCAGGGAUUGUGGGCAAUAUGCGAGAAGCGAGCCAUCCCCUGAAGUUAAGAAAAUUGGACGAUGGAACAGCUGCUUCCAGCAUGAUUAGUGGCAGCUCUUCUGUAACUUAUUCUGUUCCAGCUCAAACAAUUGGCUCAGGUGCUGUGUCUGGUAGCCAAGUGGCAAAUUCUGAUUCAAUGCCACAGCCAGAGAGACAGAUGCUUCAGGUACUUAAUUCGCGAAUCGCACCUGAGGUUGAGUCCGCUCUUCUGCAGCAAGUCCUUAAUCUAACGCCUGAGCAGUUGAGCUCGUUGCCUCCAGAGCAGCAGCAGCAAGUGCUUCAGCUUCAGAAGAUGCUAUCAGCAAACAAAUAGUGUUAGCUUUAAGUUAUUUCCUUAUUAAGUUAUUCCUUAUUCCCUUAGCUGAAGAUGUGGGGGAUACGCGGACGAAUGACUCGGCAAAGUCACAAUACAAAAGUUGUCCAACAUUAAUGAUUUUGCCAUGCUAUUCUUUUAUGUAAAAUGUCAGGGAAGAAGCAUAAUGCACCCUCACAUAAGGGUGUGUGAAGAUUUUCUUGAUUCCAUGUAACAACAGGUGAAAUUUUAUAGCGGUAAAGGAGAAAGCGUUAGCAUCCAUGGAUUUUUUGUUCUUUCAAUGUCGACGCCUCUCUGGCACUUUAUUGCAAGUACUGGCAAUUGCUGCUUGGCUUUCAUAUUCAUUUUGUUUAUUCCUCAAAUUCUGACUGCCAGAGGCCAGGCAAAGAUUAUCUCUGUAUUUCCUGUCAUUUGCGAAGCAAUGCUGCAUGUAUAACUUUAGGGGGCAUUAAUAAAAAUUGUGGGUCAAUGGUUAUUUGCGA